AUGAUGGAAGAAAAGCAGAAGAAAGAGCAAGGGAGCGAUAAGUACGAGUCACGUCAGCACCAGCCACCGUAUAUCUCGCAGAUGCAGCCGGUGAUGCACGAAGCUUACGGAGGCGGGCUUUACGGUCAGGACGACGAGAUAGAAAAAGAUGCCAAGACCAUUGAGAAAGAUGCCAAGAAUAUAGAGAAAGAGCCUCAACAGCACCACCGACCAGCCAGCGAGACACAGAGCGCAGAUGGGCCCAAUGAGACGAACACGAUGAAGCCUAAGCUCACGCAACCUCCUUCUUCCGGCGAUAGAGACAUUGACAUCACUGGCCAGUCUUAUAUACAGUAA